AUGCUGGCCGUGCAGCGACAGCCCGUGGUGGUGCAUGUGCAGGCCACCGCCCCCUCCUUUCUUGACUAUGAUGGGCUAUCCAAGUACGCAGACCCCUCGUGCUUCACGUACAACCUGAACCACGUGGUGCUGCUGGUGGGCUAUCGCCUCACCAGCUCAGACCCCACGUUCCUGCACAUGGCGCCGCCCUUCUGGAUCAUCCGCAACUCAUGGGGCCCGGAGUGGGGCGACGGCGGGCACAUGCGGAUGGACAUCCAGGGGGGCGACGGCGUGUGUGGGAUCAACACGCUGCCUGGGAUCUACCCGGUGGUGCACGCUGCCAAGGACCCCUGCAACGUCAACGGCACCACCAGUGGGGUGGAUGGGCCGCUCUUCAACCCCUCGGUGCAGCGGCCGGAGGAGCUCUGUGAUGUGUUUUGCGGCGUGAGUGCUGCCGAUCCCCCGUGCGGCGGGCAUGGCUCGUGCUACGUGGAUGGGCCCAACAGAGUGCCCACGUGUGACUGCCACCCCGGAUUUGUCAAUGGGGAGCUGCCUGGAAGCUGCGUCCCUGAAGGAAGCCAGGAGGGCGGCCCACUGACCGUGCAGCCAACAGCAGCACAGACAGCAGUGAAGGGGAGGGCGGCAGUGGCAAGCAACGGCCGCAUCACGCUCACAGCCUCACAGCCCAACACGUGGGGUGCAGCGUUCCUCCAGCUGCCCAUCCCACUCUUCUCCUUCGCCCUCAAGGCCGGUGCCUGCGGCCGCCCCUUGGCCUUCACCGUCUAUUUCUCCUUCUCCAUUCUCAAACCAGCCACCGCCCGCAGGGCAGCAGCCACAGCGGCGGGUGACGCAGGGGAUGGGUUUGCAUUUGUGAUUGCAGCCAGUGACGCUGCUACAGGCGGGAGCAGUGGCAGCAGUGACGGCAGUGGUGGCGGCUACAGUUUGGGGUAUGCAGGCAUGGAUGAGCGCAGCAUUGCAGUGGAGUUUGACACUGCCAGGAGCACCGAUGCCAACGACCCGAAUAAGAACCACGUGGGAGUGAGUGUGAGGGGCAACACCUCUUCCAUCGCAACUGCCAAAGCGCCCUUUACUCUCAACGACGGCACUCCAAAGCACGCCUGGAUCAUCUUCGAUCCUUCCCCUUCCUCCUCUGGUUCUUCUGCCAGCACUGGCUAUGGCAGCAGCAGUAGUGAAGGCACGGGGUGGCUGCGGGUGUUUCUGUCGGCCAAGGGGUCCCCUCGGCCUGGCAAGGCAGUGGUGGCGAUGCAGGUGUCGCUGUGCGAGUUCCUGCAGCCCAGUGCAGAGGAGGCGUCGUUCCUCAUGGGCUUCUCUGCUUCCUCCUCUGACUCCCCGCAGCUCCACUCCAUCCUCGCCUGGAACAUCACCACAGGUCUCCCGGAACCAACCACUCUUACAGGCCAGCAAUUUGGGUUCCGUUUCAGCGAGGCAUCGCUGGCACCAGUGGGGGCGAACCUGUUUUUCCGCUACGCCAGUGUGGGCGUGCAGGCAGUGCAGCCAGCAGGCGGAGGAGGGGGGGGCGGAGGCGGAGGGGGCGAGGAGGAGGAGGUAUGGGUUGUGAGCCAGGCGUUCUCCUGGGCCGACCAGGGGCUGCCGUGGCCUGUCCAGAACCAGGGCGCCUGUGGCGACUGCUGGGCGUACGCGGUGGUGGGCAGUGUAGAAGUGGCCUACAGCAUUCUCUUCAACCUCUCCGCAGUGCCGCUCCUCUCUCACACCCAGCUGCGUGAAGCCCUCGGAUCCUCAUGCUCGCAGGGCAACUCGCCCUCCCAGGCCUUCCAGUACCUCGUCACCCUCAUCCGCCAAGAGCAAAAGGCCACACCCGCCCCAGGAUCUAGCAAGCCAUCGGGGGGGGCGUUCAGAGUGAACGGGUUUGAGCGCACGGCGUUCCACGGCUGGUUUGGGCUGCUGCUGGCCGUGCAGCGACAGCCCGUGGUGGUGCAUGUGCAGGCCACCGCCCCCUCCUUUCUUGACUAUGAUGGGCUAUCCAAGUACGCAGACCCCUCGUGCUUCACGUACAACCUGAACCACGUGGUGCUGCUGGUGGGCUAUCGCCUCACCAGCUCAGACCCCACGUUCCCGCACAUGGCGCCGCCCUUCUGGAUCAUCCGCAACUCAUGGGGCCCGGAGUGGGGCGACGGCGGGCACAUGCGGAUGGACAUCCAGGGGGGCGACGGCGUGUGUGGGAUCAACACGCUGCCUGGGAUCUACCCGGUGGUGCACGCUGCCAAGGACCCCUGCAACGUCAACGGCACCACCAGUGGGGUGGAUGGGCCGCUCUUCAACCCCUGUGGCAACUUCACGUGCACGCCCACGCCUGAUGGGGCCAGCAACCACUGCGACUGCAACGACCUGCGAUUCGUCGAGGCGCUUCAACCGGACAACUCUCGCACCUGUGCUUACAAGGACGCAUGCAGGGCAGCAUUGCACAAUCCAUGUGCAGUGGGCACGUGUGUGAAUGAUGGCAAGGGGUCGUUCUCGUGUGUGUGCCCUCCGGGCUUCAGGCAGGGCACCACUGUUGAUGGCACCUUCUCCUGUGCUCCAGGCGACUCCAGUAGCACAUACACGGUGGUGUCGUGGGGUGUCACGUGUGCCGACAUCCACCCUGUCUACGACCUCGCUCUCGCUCAACUGCUAGCCCAGAACCCCGGUCUGAGCUGUAGCGCUCCUCUUGCUAUCGGCACGGUGGUGAACGAGGUCCAGCCAGCCGACCUCACUCCUUGCUCCGUCUACUACACCACGUCAGAGGGCGACACAUGUGAGUCGCUAGCCACCUACUUCUCCCUCACCGCCGGCUGCCCCACUCCCACUGAGCCCUGCGCAGCAGCCUUCCAGGCGCUCAACCCCGGGCUGGACUCCUCUGAUGACAGCAACGGGGUGCUGCUGCCCAGCCAGGCGGUGUGUGUGGAGCGGCGGGCGGAGAGUGCAGCGGCGCUGCUCAUCCCGGUGUGCUCGCAGUUCUAUCUGGUGCAGGCCGGGGAGACGUGCGACCAGAUCCGCCCCUCCCCGCCGCUCUCCCCUCUCGAGUUCUUCCGCCUCAACCCUGGCAUCAAGUGCAGCCGCCUCGUGACGUUGGCAGCAUUACAGGCUUCGAGAACCAUCUGUGCUUUGCUGUCUGCCGCCGCUCAUUCAGCAUGCAUGCACACACACCUCCAAUUUCACCUCACCGUCAUGUAUCUCUGUGCAGCUGGUUACUUACCUACCUACGUACUUACCAACUCCAUGCCUUUCUCCCCUUCCACUCUCUCACCCCCUCUUUCCCCCUGCCCCCGCCCUCUCCCCCCUCCUCCCCACCCGCACUUGACUGCACGGCAAGUGCAGGCGUGCAUAGGCAGCUCAUUCAGCUUCAUGCAAGGAGUGUGCCCCAAGACUCGUGCGUACGUGGUUGGGACUGGCGACCGCUGCACUGGCCUGCAGCAACCACUGCGACUGCAACGACCCACGCCUGCCACGCCCUCUGCUGUGGAUGCAGCGGUGCAGCGGCCGGAGGAGCUCUGUGAUGUGUUUUGCGGCGUGAGUGCUGCCGAUCCCCCGUGCGGCGGGCAUGGCUCGUGCUACGUGGAUGGGCCCAACAGAGUGCCCACGUGUGACUGCCACCCCGGAUUUGUCAAUGGGGAGCUGCCUGGAAGCUGCGUCCCUGAAGGAAGCCAGGAGGGCGGCCCACUGACCGUGCAGCCAACAGCAGCACAGACAGCAGUGAAGGGGAGGGCGGCAGUGGCAAGCAACGGCCGCAUCACGCUCACAGCCUCACAGCCCAACACGUGGGGUGCAGCGUUCCUCCAGCUGCCCAUCCCACUCUUCUCCUUCGCCCUCAAGGCCGGUGCCUGCGGCCGCCCCUUGGCCUUCACCGUCUAUUUCUCCUUCUCCAUUCUCAAACCAGCCACCGCCCGCAGGGCAGCAGCCACAGCGGCGGGUGACGCAGGGGAUGGGUUUGCAUUUGUGAUUGCAGCCAGUGACGCUGCUACAGGCGGGAGCAGUGGCAGCAGUGACGGCAGUGGUGGCGGCUACAGUUUGGGGUAUGCAGGCAUGGAUGAGCGCAGCAUUGCAGUGGAGUUUGACACUGCCAGGAGCACCGAUGCCAACGACCCGAAUAAGAACCACGUGGGAGUGAGUGUGAGGGGCAACACCUCUUCCAUCGCAACUUCCAAAGCGCCCUUUACUCUCAACGACGGCACUCCAAAGCACGCCUGGAUCAUCUUCGAUCCUUCCCCUUCCUCCUCUGGUUCUUCUGCCAGCACUGGCUAUGGCAGCAGCAGUAGUGAAGGCACGGGGUGGCUGCGGGUGUUUCUGUCGGCCAAGGGGUCCCCUCGGCCUGGCAAGGCAGUGGUGGCGAUGCAGGUGUCGCUGUGCGAGUUCCUGCAGCCCAGUGCAGAGGAGGCGUCGUUCCUCAUGGGCUUCUCUGCUUCCUCCUCUGACUCCCCGCAGCUCCACUCCAUCCUCGCCUGGAACAUCACCACAGGUCUCCCGGAACCAACCACUCUUACAGGCCAGCAAUUUGGGUUCCGUUUCAGCGAGGCAUCGCUGGCACCAGUGGGGGCGAACCUGUUUUUCCGCUACGCCAGUGUGGGCGUGCAGGCAGUGCAGCCAGCAGGCGGAGGAGGGGGGGGCGGAGGCGGAGGGGGCGAGGAGGAGGAGGUAUGGGUUGUGAGCCAGGCGUUCUCCUGGGCCGACCAGGGGCUGCCGUGGCCUGUCCAGAACCAGGGCGCCUGUGGCGACUGCUGGGCGUACGCGGUGGUGGGCAGUGUAGAAGUGGCCUACAACAUUCUCUUCAACCUCUCCGCAGUGCCGCUCCUCUCUCACACCCAGCUGCGUGAAGCCCUCGGAUCCUCAUGCUCGCAGGGCAACUCGCCCUCCCAGGCCUUCCAGUACCUCGUCACCCUCAUCCGCCAAGAGCAAAAGGCCACACCCGCCCCAGGAUCUAGCAAGCCAUCGGGGGGGGCGUUCAGAGUGAACGGGUUUGAGCGCACGGCGUUCCACGGCUGGUUUGGGCUGCUGCUGGCCGUGCAGCGACAGCCCGUGGUGGUGCAUGUGCAGGCCACCGCCCCCUCCUUUCUUGACUAUGAUGGGCUAUCCAAGUACGCAGACCCCUCGUGCUUCACGUACAACCUGAACCACGUGGUGCUGCUGGUGGGCUAUCACCUCACCAGCUCAGACCCCACGUUCCCGCACAUGGCGCCGCCCUUCUGGAUCAUCCGCAACUCAUGGGGCUCGGAGUGGGGCGACGGCGGGCACAUGCGGAUGGACAUCCAGGGGGGCGACGGCGUGUGUGGGAUCAACACGCUGCCUGGGAUCUACCCGGUGGUGCACGCUGCCAAGGACCCCUGCAACGUCAACGGCACCACCAGUGGGGUGGAUGGGCCGCUCUUCAACCCCUGUGGCAACUUCACGUGCACGCCCACGCCUGAUGGGGCCAGCAACCACUGCGACUGCAACGACCCGCGAUUCGUCGAGGCGCUUCAACCGGACAACUCUCGCACCUGUGCUUACAAGGACGCAUGCAGGGCAGCAUUGCACAAUCCAUGUGCAGUGGGCACGUGUGUGAAUGAUGGCAAGGGGUCGUUCUCGUGUGUGUGCCCUCCGGGCUUCAGGCAGGGCACCACUGUUGAUGGCACCUUCUCCUGUGCUCCAGGCGACUCCAGUAGCACAUACACGGUGGUGUCGUGGGGUGUCACGUGUGCCGACAUCCACCCUGUCUACGACCUCGCUCUCGCUCAACUGCUAGCCCAGAACCCCGGUCUGAGCUGUAGCGCUCCUCUUGCUAUCGGCACGGUGGUGAACGAGGUCCAGCCAGCCGACCUCACUCCUUGCUCCGUCUACUACACCACGUCAGAGGGCGACACAUGUGAGUCGCUAGCCACCUACUUCUCCCUCACCGCCGGCUGCCCCACUCCCACUGAGCCCUGCGCAGCAGCCUUCCAGGCGCUCAACCCCGGGCUGGACUCCUCUGAUGACAGCAACGGGGUGCUGCUGCCCAGCCAGGCGGUGUGUGUGGAGCGGCGGGCGGAGAGUGCAGCGGCGCUGCUCAUCCCGGUGUGCUCGCAGUUCUAUCUGGUGCAGGCCGGGGAGACGUGCAACCAGAUCCGCCCCUCCCCGCCGCUCUCCCCUCUCGAGUUCUUCCGCCUCAACCCUGGCAUCAAGUGCAGCCGCCUCGUGACGUUGGCAGCAUUACAGGCUUCGAGGUCUGCCCUACUCUUUGACCACACUACCCUCUCCCAUAACUCUCCCCUCCACACCCUCACUCCUCCAGUCCGCACCACUAGACCAUGA